CACACGCAGCUGCCUUCAUCAACUUAGUGACAACUGAUAAAGCGCUGCCUGCUCUCCUGCCUCUCUGACACCUGCUGCACAACACACGACAUCAUGGCUCAAUCCGGUGUCUCCGUCCACCCCGAAUGCAUUAGCGCGUUCAACGAGCUCAAGCUGGGCAAAGACAUCAAAUACAUCAUCUACAAGAUCAGCGACGACUGGAAAGAAAUCGUCGUCGAGGAGACGUCCAAGGAAGCCGACUGGAGCGUCUUCCGCGAAAAGCUGCUCGGCGCCAAGAGCAAAGACCGCCGCGGCAAGGAGGGCAUGGGCGGCCGCUACGCCGUCUACGACGUCGAGUAUGAGCUGGACAGCGGGGAGGGCACCCGCAACAAGAUUACGUUUAUUAGCUGGUGCCCCGAUGAUGCGCCGCAAUACCCCCGCAUGAUGUACUCGUCCUCCAAGGAAGCUAUCAAGCGCGCCCUGAACGGUCUCGCGGCCGACAUCCAAGCCAACGACGCCGACGACAUCGAGUGGGACAGCGUCCUGGCGCGAGUCUCCAAGGGCCGCUAAGCGCACAAGCGAACGAGGGAUGCUGGAAGGAGGAGACGCCGAAACGGAAUUGGAAACGAAUAUGAUGAAGUCGCGCGGGCAGGCGCUCAGGUUUUCCUUGUAGCUGAUACGGGGGCACGUCAGGCUUGACUUGGGCAGUCUGAGAGAGCAUGAGAUAUCAGUCAGUGAAUGCAAGUUGAUGAUGACCAGCUAGUCUUAUUCCCAUUAUCAGUGUGUAUGUUCCUGAUUGACAGCAUUUGUGGUAUCGAACAGAAC